CUUGUGUUAGACAGCUGUGUGUGGCUUACAAGUCAUUAUACUUGGAUGCUGGCUUCUGGGUUUAAAAAAACAAGAAAACACGGGUUGAGCCAUUGUUAAGACAAUCAUUUGUUUUGUUGUACAUUACAUGGAUUAAAGGAGUUAGUGUGGCUAUAAUUUUCCCUUCAAAUGGAUGUAUGGAGCUGUUAAUGUGGAUUCAUAUUUUCAUUUUAUAAAAGAUUACAGUGUCACAGUGCAAUACGUCUUGCAUGUUGGACAAUUGGAUGGAUUGAAUUACUGUAACCUUACGCAGAUGGAUAUCUUGUAGUGAGAGGAAAGUGGAAGGAUGAUUUGUAGAUGAAGAUACCUGGGCACAAAUACUACCUACAAGACAUUUGUGUCAACACACAAAAUGAUAUGGAGUGAUUAAAGUCACUUGAGAAUGGAUGGGGCCUUCAACUACAGUGGGAGGCAGAAGCCACACACCCGGGCCCAGCGGCGGACCCGCAUGAAGAACCGGGGGAGUCAGACCUGCAGCUCGUCGGAUGAAGAGUUCCACUCGGAUGAUAAUCUGCGGCCGUAUGAGGAGGUGAAGAUCGCUCACCAUGACAAGAAACUCACCGGACUAGGUUUGACCCCUAAUGAACACGCUGUGUCUCCACUGAGCCGCACGCCGGGCAGCCACGCACGUGCCUAUAGUUACAUGAGUGGCUCGGACGAAGAGACGGAACACGCCCCCCUCACUCUGAGACUCAGUCAGCAGGGAGCGAUUUAUGCCCAGCCACCCGACACACUCAGGUCCGACCGUAGUAAGCAUAAGUGCUCACACACGUCCGAGUCGGAGGAAGAUAACCGAUAUCCCAUGAGACAAAUGAGUCAAACAGGUAUGGUACCCCCACCAACAGUACCACCUCCACCACCACCACCUAUAGAAGACAUUCCUCAACGUAGUCCUGGACCAACCAGGAACAAGUCAUUCGGUCCCUCUGUCAGGGGCAACUACUCUGAUGCUGACUUGAUACGGCAUCAGCAGAACAUAGACCACGAAGCUGACUUGGAAUUACCAUACUUGGUACAAUCUGCACCCGGUACAGUUUUUGUUUCACCAGGGGACUCGCAGCCUCGGUUUCCGCGGACCGUGCCUCGAUCAGGAUCAGUUCCAAGCUCGCGGGGGAUGGAGGUGGACCUGCCCAGCCCUCACAGUCGUGGCGGGUUCUCCGAGAUGUACCCACAGAAUUACCCAAACGGAGAGCAGCCUAUGAUGUUACAAAACAAUAUAGAUAGACAAGUAUACACGUUCCCCCAGUUCGGCAUGCCAACCAUUCCAAUGGGUGGGUAUCCGCCCGCCCCUGACUAUGGGUAUUAUUCCAAGUUCUCGAGUGCCAGUCACCGCAUGAAGAAGAAACUCAAACAGCGGUGUACGUGGAAGUGUACGGCUCUUAUCCUGCUCAUCGUGUGUGUCGCCCUGCUCGCGUGUACAGUCUACUUCGCAGCUAUGUCCAUGUUUGAGGAAGAGGAGAAGGUGGCACCUAAUGGUGGCUCCAAGGAUCACAAAGUCCAAAUGGUUAAUUGUGCCUUGAACUUUUCCAAGAAUGGCCAUGAAUACUCCACUCUUAGACCAGGUUACUAUCCAGGCUUUGAUCCCAGUUCCCAGGAGUCGAAAGCUUUGAGCACGAUGCAGCCCAUUCCACAAGUGUUUAAAGUAGGGGAGACGAUCCAGUCCCUGGUUCCGCCGAAAUCCUUCUGGAACAGCCAGAUCCGGCGUAGCGCUGACGGCUUCGUCGCCUUCAACUUCACCAUGUCGGGGUCUUCCAUCAUCGGGGUGUAUGGCCGCCAAAACACCCCGCCCACCCACAUACAGUACGAGUUCCUCACCAUAUUUGAAGGCAGUCGCAUCAGGAGGCGCUCUCGAAGAGCUGUCAAACCUGUUAAAUCUAACAUGGUGAAGUUCCUGACAUCCGGUGACUGGUAUUUGGGUGUUUAUAAUGACAACACAGAACCACAAAUGAUCAGUCUUACUGCUAACCCCAUUAAUAUGGAGAAUGGCUGUCCAAACAACUGCAAUGGUAAUGGAAAAUGUGUCGACAAGCAGUGCCAGUGUUUUCCUGGUAGUGUGGGCUGGGAUUGUUCACAGAAAGCCUGUCCAAUCCUGUGUAGUGGCAAGGGAAUCUACAUGCAUGGGUUGUGCAAGUGUCACCCAGGAUGGAAAGGACGUGAGUGUGAAUUCCGUGAGAAUGAGUGCCAAGUUCCAAACUGCAAUGGGAAUGGUCACUGUAUUAAUGGGCAGUGUGUCUGUUUCCAGGGAUUCCAGGGUCCAGACUGCGGAAUAGUCGACUGUCUUCUGCCGAAUUGCUCCGCUAACGGGGUCUGUGUCCAUGGCCAAUGUAGGUGCUUCAAGGGCUAUAAGGGCACCACCUGUAGUAUACCCGACAAAAUAAAUAUCACACACGUGUGUGCCAAAGACUGCUCCGGCCACGGCGUGUACGAUGUCGAGGCCAACCACUGUGCCUGCGAGCGCCACUUCACCGGCGACGACUGCCAGACAGAGGUGUGUCGUCUGGAGUGUGAGCACGGCCACUGUAACAACCAGCGGUGUGUGUGUGAUGAGGGUUUCACCGGCGCCCUCUGUAACCAGCUGCAGUGCGACCACCGCUGUGAGACACACGGCUUCUGCAGCAACGGCACAUGCAUCUGUCGCAGAGGCUGGAACGGGAAACACUGUACCAUUGAUGGGUGUCCCAGUGACUGCAGUAACCAUGGUGACUGUAAGCGCUCUCAGAACACUUGGACCUGCAGCUGUCAGAAUGGUUGGAAAGGACCAGCAUGCAACAUUGCCAUGGAAACUGUAUGUGGUGAUAGUCUGGACAAUGACAAUGAUGGCCUGCUGGACUGCCUGGACCCAGACUGCUGUGUGACUGGACCAUGUCGAGACAGCAAGUUCUGCUCCGCGUCCCCGGACCCCAAAGAGAUCCUGCUGAGCAAGCAGCCUCCCAGCACCACCGCGUCCUUCUUCGACAAGAUGAAGUUUCUUAUCGAGGAGAACAGUGUGCAGACCUAUGCCACGCGCAAUGCUUUCAAUGAGACUCAAGUGUCCGUGAUCCGUGGUCAUGUGACAACCAAAGAUGGAACUCCUUUGAUUGGGGUCAAGGUCGGUGUUGUGGCACAGCCCCUCUAUGGAUUCACUCUUACCCGUGAACAAGGACUGUUUGACAUUCUUGUGAACGGUGGCGGUUCUGUCAAACUCGAGUUCAUCCGACAACCGUUUGACACUAAAACAGCAAGUGUCUUGGUGCCAUGGAAUCAGAUCAUCACCAUGGAUACCGUUGUCAUGGCGUUGGAGGAGGAGCAGACGUGGAAGCCGCACCCCGAGGCGUGCAGCACCGAACACCAGCAUUACCUGCUCCGUCCGGUUGUCCUGUCGACAUGGCAACACACCCAGCUGGGAGCCUGUCCAGAGAGGAGCACCAUUAUAGCCGAGUCACAGGUUCUGCAGGAGAGCCUGGACAUCCCUGGGACGGACGUUCACCUGGUGUACCACAGCAGUGAGUCUCCAGGCUACAUGUCUCUGAUCAUGAUCCAGAUGACCCCGGGCUUGAUCCCCACCACCCUGAGUCUUGUCCACCUGCGUGUCUCCGUGGAGGGCGUCAUCGUCGACAAGGUCUUUGAGGCUGACCCCAACCUUAAGUACACGUUCUCCUGGGACAGGCGCAACGCAUUCAAUCAGAAAGUCUACGGAAUUGUCACAGCUAGAGUGUAUGUUGGGUACCAGUACCAGAAGUGCGACUACGUAUUCUGGGAGACGAGGAGUACGACCGUCAAUGGAUUCGACUUAACAUCGUCAGAGAUCGGAGGAUGGAAUCUGGAUUUACAUCACACGUACAACUUCCAGGAAGGAAUCCUACACAAGGGAGAUGGCACCAACAUCUACAUCAAGGAGAAACCUAAGAAGAUCGUAAAUAUUCUGGGCAGUGGUCAGAGGCGUAAACUCGACUGUGAUGAUUGCAAUGGGAAAGCCCUCGAGAACCACCUUCUGGCCCCUGUUGCCAUGGCGAGUGGCCUUGAUGGCAGUCUGUAUGUCGGAGACUACAACUUCAUCCGAAAACUCUCCCCAGACAGAGAGAAUGUGGCCAGCAUUCUGGAGAUGAGCACAAAGUCAAUCCCGUACAAGUUCUACAUGACUGUGUCUCCAGUGGACGGGCGGCUGUACAUCUCGGACUUCAUGAGUCACAAGGUGAUUCGAGUGAAGACGAUGGGGCCAGUGCGUGAACUGCGGGACAACUUCGAGGACGUGGCAGGGAAUGGGGAGGAGUGCACGCCGGGCGAGGCUGAUCUGUGUGGAGACGGGGGCAAAGCCAUCAACGCACGACUCAGACAUCCGAAAGGCAUAGCCAUCAACAAGGAAGGUGUCAUCUACAUCGCUGAUGGUCCGAAUAUUCGUCAGAUCACUUCAGAUGGCUACAUCACAACACUGAUUGGAACUCAGGAACAACUGCGGCAGUGGACUCCCAUGCCAUGCGAUGACAUUCUGUCAGCUGAGAGGGUCAGUCUGAAGUGGCCAACUGCCCUUGCUGUGGACCCCCUGGAUGACACCCUGCACAUCCUUGACCAGAGCAUCAUCCUCAAACUGACCAAGGACUACAAGCUGGUGACCGUCGCCGGACGUCCACCAUACUGCCCUCCUCGCCAGACCAACUUCCUACCCCUCGGUCUGCUCAACGAUGAUGAACAGGCGUCCAGUGUGGCUGACCAUGUGACUCUCGUGUCACCGGAAAGCAUCACGUUCGGACCACACGGUGAUCUGUACGUCGUGGAGAGUGACAGCCACCACAUCAACCGGGUCCGAGUGGUCACCACGGACGGACGAAUCCACCACUAUGCUGGAGCCAAGUCCAAGUGCGACUGUCAGAAAGUGGCCUGCAAGUGCUUUGAUCAGAAGGAGAGACUCGCAGCCCAGGCCUUGUUCAGCACCCCAACAUCGGUGACGGUGACUCCAGAUGGCAUCAUGCACAUCGCCGACAUGGGGAAUCUACGUGUCUUCAGCAUAGUGUCUGAGCUACCCGUGCCCAACUGGAAGGAGCAGUACGAGGUUGUCUCCCCUGAGACGCAGGAGAUCUUCAUGUUCAACCGGUACGGCCAGCACCAGUACACGAUCAGCAUCAUGACGAACCAGUACAUGUACAACUUCACCUACAACGUCAACUCGUUCUACGGCAAGCUGGUGUCGGUGGUCGACAGCGCCGGAAACAGCAUCCGCAUCAACCGGCGCUACGACACACAGGCGGAGAACGUGGUGGCCCCGAGCGGCAUCACAUGCCAGCUGACGAUGGACAACAUGCGGCGGCUGUACCGCUUCACGGCACCCGACAACACGACGGCCACAUUCACGUACAUGGCCAGCACGGGCCUGAUGGAGUCGAAGCACACGUCGGAUGGUAAAACAUUCAAGUACCGCUACGACGCCAUGGGACGGCUGCUAACCAUCAGCCAGCCGACGGGUGAAAUCACACGACUCAUUACCGACGUCAACACCACAGGUUCCAUUGUUCAUGUCACUACCGAUAGCAGCGAUGUGGUUGCCAUGGCUACCUAUGGGAGCGUGCAAUCUGUCAUGCAUGGUUCCACUCAAACCAAGGUCACCUAUCUGCCAGGAGGAGCUGUUGUCGUGCUGUUCCCUAGCAACCUGACCGUUGCCAUAGAAACGGGCGAGCACCCGAUCAUGGAGAACGAGCACCGGAUGCACUACAAGAGGAAGAUCCUUGUGCCCAACUCUUACUUCCACCGCUUAGAAUGGCGAUUCUAUCUGCGGCGUAAGGGUCGGACACGGCAGAGUAGGAUAAUAGAAAAGAUUGGGACGCGUAUGAGGGUAGGCGCCCACUUCCCCCGGCAUGCACACAUGCAUGAGUGGCAUGAGGAUGGAAUCAAGGAGAAAGCUCUCUUGAUCAAUGGAGACAACCUGCUGACAAUAGAAUAUGACAGAAAAACCCACACCGAGACAAUCAUGGACAAAGAUCUGCGUGAGAUUCUCACGAUCGUCUAUGACAGCUCUGGUCUUCCCUCCCACUUCCUGCCUGCCACCGGCCACCACGCCAUGAACAUCACGUACAGCCCCCGUGGCGACAUCCUGCAGUGGCAGUAUGGGGAACUGCGUGAGCAGCGACAGUACAACGACAACGGCCUGAUGAUCGAACGCACCGCCACCAACGGAGCACAGUUCAGAUACUUCUACAGAUUUGGAUCAAAGAUGCCAACAGACGUGAUUCUGCCCAGUGGAAAGCAGUACCAAUUCACCCACGAUGAUCAAGGCCGACUUCGCUCUGUCACCACCCCGGUGCUUGGCAAACACGAGUUCCACACCAUGCUGACAGUUGGGGUCCAGCGAUACAUGUAUCAACCACCCGGACUUGAACUACCCUUCAUUCUCGACUACGACACCAACGGAAAACUACGGCAGAUCGUCCACCCCGGGGAGAUGAAGCGGGUCUAUUUCCGCUACAACAACCACUUCCAGGUGUCUAUGAUUUUGUACGACGAGAGUGAAAUCAGCUUCACGUAUGACCCGUACGUACAGUCAGUAUCCAGCGGAGUGAUUCUCGGCCGAGGUUACGGGUGCAAGACGCACUAUUCCUACAUCAGCUCACUGGUCAAAGAAUACAGCAUUGCAUUUCCACAAGACCCAACUCUGCUUGGCGUUAAUUUUACCUACGGUUAUGACAACAACUUCCGGCUGUCCAGCUAUGUGGCAACAUUCUCCAACAACUUCACCAUGUCCACUAACCUCAGCUACAGCGACGUUAGUGGGAAGCUAUCGCGAAUCAAGACGCUCGAUAUAAAAUGGUCGGGUCAAGAUCGCCAGGUUCUUUCCGAUGAUCAUGUGAUGAUUGUUCGUGAAUACGACAGCUACGGACGACUAAGGGAUGUGCAGAUCAAGUUUGAUGACAACGUGCGCUUCAUGCUGCAGAUGAACUACGACCAGAUGAAUCGUAUACACCAGUGGCGCCGCCGUGUGGGACAGACGGACUCCAAGGCCAUUGAAUACAUCUAUGACAUUGACAGCAAUAUUGUGGAUGUCUUGUUGGAAGGGAAGUCGGCUUGGAGGUAUGGCUAUGAUGCUAAUGGCAACAUCAACAAGAUCACAGAAAAGGAAAGAAUUAGAGAUCUCGAGUUUGAUGUUGGCGACAAGAUUUUACGAUUUGGCGAGAUGUAUUACAAGUUUGAUCAAGACGGCUUUUUGGUUCAGCGAGGCACUGCACUUUUAGCCUUCAAUUCGUAUGGUCAGCUCAUUUCAGUGGUUGAACCUGAAAAGUACAAAUUUGCUUUCUUCUACGAUCCCUCAGACAGGCUAACCUUGCAGAGAGACAAAUAUGGCAAAGUGAUGCAGUAUUUCUAUGCCGAUAACCAGCAUCCACUGAGAGUCACACACACGUACAACCACACAUCAGCCGAGGUUACGCAGUACCUUUACGAUUCCAAGGGGAGACUCAUGGCCCUGGAGCGAAGACAGAAGAUCUACUACAUCGCCACUGACCCCAGCGGGAGUCCCCUGGUGAUCUUCAACGACAAGGGCUACAUAAUGAAGCAGUGUGCGUACAACCCUCUCGGUCUGCUGGAAGAAGACUCCAAUCCCAACUUUGAGCUGUCCUUUGGUUUCCAAGGCGGCAUAUACAACUCACACACUCAUCUGGUUCACUUCUUGAAGCGGGUGUAUGAUGCUGAAGUUGGUCGCUGGCUCUCACCAGACUACCAGGGAGUGUUUGACAAGCUCAGUGGAGUCAUCAAGAGUCCCGAGAUUCUGAAUCUAUACCAAUACCGCAACAUGAUGAACCACCACGUGCCGGACCAAGUUCUACCACGCACAGAUCUCGCUGAAUGGUUGAAAGUUUUGGGCUUCGACAUUCACAGCCUGGCUCCCGACGUGUCCUACACUGGCAACCUUCACCCCAAGUCAAACACCCUGGCCCACCAGCUGCUUCCGAGCUCGUCCGCUUUCGAAUGCACGUUCCGUCGAGACAUGAUGAACCUCUUGACCAUAUCCACUGUACCCCAGUCGAAGAUCACACCCAUGCAGGACCUGCCAAAUGAGGAACCCUCGCCAUUCCCUUCCAUAUUCGGGGAUGGAGUCACAAUUUCCAGUGUUGAUGGAAAGGUGGUAGUCAAUGUGGUAGAUAUUGCGUCGGAAUGGUCAAGGAAGCUGGCGAAUGUGUUGCUGAAAGAUGCAAAAGUUGUGGAUCUGCAUUAUACGAUUCAUGGGAAAGAUGUUCACUACUUUGUGAAGUCGGGCUAUACCGAAGCUGAGAAGGAUCUCCGCACACUGGGUAUCAGUACAGAUAUGGUCACAUAUGAAAACGGGAUGAUUUCAGUUCACAGAAACCAACGAGGACAUGGCUUUGGUCGAGGAAGAGAUGAAGCCGAUGUUCGUAUCCAUGGAAACCACACAGUAAUCAACAUUCGCUAUGGAACAAACAUAGUGCACGAGAGAAACCGCAUUCUUCAUCACGCGAAGGAGAGAGCUAUUUCUCAUGCUUGGAAGAGGGAGAAAUAUUUCUUCCAAAACAAUCUACCAACGUAUUACCACUGGACAAUUAAUGAAGCCAAGGAGCUGGAAACAGUAGGACAUAUUCUUGGCUUUUCUGGAGAGUACAUCAGAAACCCUGAUGACUACCCAGAACUGUCAGACGACUGCAAUAACAUUCGAUUCAUUAAGGAGUCUAGGUAGUAUUGGUCAAACUGUGCUGGGGUAGAGACCGUGAAAGAUUGCAAUAACAUACAGUUCAUUAAGGAGUCGAGGUAGUAUUGGCCAAACUGCUGGAUCAGAGACUUAACAUAUGAUUCAUUAAGGUAUCUAGGUAGUAUUGGCCAAACUGUACUGGUGUAGAGACCUCGAACGAUUGCAAUAACAUACAAUUCAUUAAGGAGUCUAGGCAGUGUUGGCCAAAGUGCUGGAUCAGAUACUAACAUUCGAUUCCUUAAAGAAUCUAGGUAGUAUUGGUCAAACUCUGCUGGUUUAGAGACUUCAAUAUUAGACCAUCUCAUCUCAUGCCAAAUCCCGACACUUUGUGUCAAAAGUUAUUCUGUGAUCAACAAAAUGUGCAAAUUGUUUUCCCAUGUGAAAAUACAAACCUGGGACAUGUAGAUUAUCUUAGUGUGAUGGAAAGACAAAAAACUGCAUAUCCUAAUAUGGUGGCAAGGUGUGUACACCGACAGAUAAUUGUUAGUUUAUGAACCAUCAUGGAUUGAAUCAAUAUUGGUGUACACAGACAUAUUAAUACUUGCCCACAUUUAUAGUGAAUACAAUGGGUGCACAGAAAUAUUAAUACUUUCAGAAGUUUUCAGUACAUCAUGGGCAAACAUGGAACCAAUGUUUUGAAUUAGUGAAAAGCAAAACUAUAAAAAUAGGAAAGUGCAAAAACUGUGAUUUGAAAAAUGCUGAAAAUGGGGUGCUUCGUUCAUUUCAUUCAAACGUAAUGUCUUUCCUACACUAUUGACCACAAACCAAUAGAGAGAACAAUUACUGAAAGAGAUGUCUGGUUCUUUGACUUGUUGAGAAGACUUGGUUACUUUGUAAAAUACUGUACGUAUUUGAUCAAUGUGAUGGUGCUAACUUACUGGUGAGCCAGUAAAAGGUAACCUACUGCUUCGUAGACCCAAAGGGUCCUAGUGUAUGGUGAAAAAGACCACUGUAGGUCACCUACAAAUCAACAUUUCCAAUUACUUGGUAACCGAAAUACACGGAAAAUGAUUCAGUUCAAUCAUUUGUUAAUUUAGAUAUGCAAAAUGUUUCUAAUGGCUAAAUUACAAAAAGUUUAUGGAGAAAAACUUCCAUGUUUUAUUGUUUUAAACAGAUGUUCAUACUUGUGUACAGUGACAAUAAAAAAAAAUCUGAUAUGUAUUAUAAAAUUGAGAUAUAUAAUAUACACUAUUUGUUCACAAAAUGUAUAUGUACGGAAUCAUUUAUUUACAAAGUGCUUCUAAACUUUGAAAUUGAAAAGUUCAAUAUUGUUCUUUUUUUUUAAAAUUAUACCAUACCUGUUUGGUUUAUUGACAAAUAGUGCUGUAACUGUACUCAAAUGUAUUACAAGUCUCAAGUAUGCAUGUUAUUCUUUGCAUCAUCAUUUAAGUUUUAUUUUAAGAGAUGAGGUUGAGGAAAUGAUGGUCAGUUCACAUUUGCUAAGAUUUUUAAUUAUCAUCCGAAGAUUUUUAAUCUGAAAUGUGUAAAAAUUGUAAUGAACCAGAUGAAAGUAUUGUAAAAAGUGAUAUGGUAAAACAAUAUUACUGAACUUUGUAUUUAUUUGAUACAUAUCCACCUUUUUCACAUUAAAUUGUAGAUUUAAAAAAAAAAAAUUGUUUAAUUAACAACCUAGUUAGUGGGUUUUUGGACUUAAAAAGUACUGAAAUUUCUAUUUACUAUUAUAACAUGGAAAAGGUGGAAUUUUGGUAUAACUUUACAAAAUUAAAAACAUUAUUUAAAAAAAAAAUUUAAUCAAGAAAAACAACUGUCUAGUUAAAAAAUUAAAUCAUGAAUUUUACUAUUUGUAUGAAAGAAACUACACUGAAUGUACAUGUAGCUAGAGCAGGUAAAAUCAAUUUUAAAAUCAGUGUCAAAACAAUGGUGCUUCAUUUUAAUGUUGGUUUACAAUUGGAGAAAACAAUAUCCAUUGUCAUAUCUGAAAUUAGGUGUGCAGCAUGAUUUCAUUCAUGCCACGCUGAAUGGAAUGUAGGUCAGCAGGGUGAGAUUUAUGAAAAAGUUGAAUGAGUUUGUCCAGAAAUCCAGUCACAAUAUUAACACAUAUCAUGUUAAUACAUGUCAGUCACGUUUAUACAUGUGUAUAAUACACACAUUGAGCAUAAUGAUACAUUCAUAACAACAUGUUAAAAUGUAAGUAUCAUUACUUCAUAAUCAUGUCAUAUGUAGUCAUUGUAAAUAAUUAAAAUAAAUGGUAUCAUAAUACAACAUUUCUUGUAUAUUUCUCUAACAGAUUUCUCAGUUUGGAAAAGUCCCAAGAAAACAGUAAAACUUUUGUGCAAUAUAUUCCUAUUUACAUCUUUUUAUUCUUUACAAAUGUUUUACUGCUCAAUAUACAUAGAUUUUUUAUUCAGUUUUUGGUGAACCAUAAUACAAGUAUUGGAAAUAAGCUUUACUUUUACCAACAAAAUCCUAUUUCAGUAAUGCAUGUUUAAAAAAAAGUAGUUCUUCAUUUGUCUAAAUAUAAAAAAAAAUAUGAAUAUCUUUUGAAACCCAUUCAAGAUAUUAAAGUUAAAUCACUAUACUGAAACUACUGUUUCAUGCCAGGCAAUAAAAGGCAUUUAUUUUAUUUUAUUUAUAACAAACCUUUGACUUUUUCUACUCAUGUUGGUUUGAUAAUUUUAAUAAUGAUUCAACAAGACAAAUUCAUUACGCAUUUAUAAAAUAUGAAAAUAAGCAAACUUGUAGCUUUGUACUGUUAUGCUUACAGAAAAUAUAUAUAAGCUGAUCUAUUGCUGUGCUGAUUAAAAUGAUUCUAAUAUGUGACCAUUGUGUGAUUCUUCUUUCACUUUUUAAACCAUGUCAAAUAUACCCUGAGGUAUAAGAUCUCAGUAGUCAUGUACUAAGAUUUCAUGUAAUGUGCAUUUGUUUCUCUCUCUGUUUCCAAAAGAUAAUUAAUAAUUUCUACAAGGCAACAUGAUAGCAUAUGCUAUAUUGAUGUACAGCAUUUUCUUUGUAAUGUGCAUUGUUUCUCGCUGUUUUCAGAAGAUAAUUCAUGAUUUCUACAAGGCAACAUGAAAGCAUAUGCUACGUUAGUGUACAGCAUUUUCUUUGUACAGUGUACAGGUUAAUUUAUAUAAUAACUUCGACCAUCAUGCACAAACUGCUUGCAUUCACAUCAUGAUCAUUGUGUUUGUACAAGCAUAUUUAGUUUUUAUCAUGCUUUGUGCAUUUUAAAAAUUACCUGUUAAUAUGAGACAUAAGGCAUUUAGGUAGAUCUAAGUUAUAAUAAAAUAAAAAAAAUGAAAAACAAAUAAUACUGUAGUAACUUUCAGUGUAUAGAGGGUUGGCGGUGGUUGUGUACAUGUAUAAGGCUUUAUAUUCUGUUUCUUACAAAUUAUUGUGCUUACACUAAAUCCCUAACAGUUAUAAACAUUACUUAAUUGUUUUGAACAUAAAAGAAUCUAGAAAAAGUUGACCCCCCCAAAUAACCAAAUAUCUAUAUCUAUAUAUAUGGCCCUACAACGGCUACAUGUAUUAAAUCCUUUAUCAUUUUGUAGACCAGAGUCAUUAAUGCACCCACAGACAUCUUUCACACGAUUUGGUCAAUGACAUUCAGAGCAUUUUUCUUGACACCUUUAUUCCACUUGUCUUUCCUUUGUGUUGCAUAAUUAUGUUAAUCAGUGUGCCAAAAACUGACUCAAGAUGCAGCAAUUAUUGUUUACAUGCGUAUGUAUGUGAGAUGCACUCAUCUUUGCCACUGUUCCAGCACCACAUUUAUAUCACUUUCCUCAAUUACUGUUCAUCUUAUUUGAGAAACUUAGUGCUACAUGUCAUCAUUUUCAUAUGUACAUAUAUCAUUUUUUGUCUAUUUGAAAUUGUGAUCUAACCUAGUUGUUUUUAUCAAAAAAUCAGUAUUGGAAUUGCUUCUGAUAAUUUUAUGACAAUGUGAAAUAACUAUGUAUAUGAUGGGUGUUAUUUUUAAUCCAGAAGCAAAGUGUAAUUUACUGUUUGUGUUUUAUUAAAAGAGGAAUAAGAAUAAACAGUUGUGUUUACACACUGGGUUAUAGAUUAUUAUAUUUUUAAUCGAUUAGUUCAUGCAUACAAAAUAUGUCAUUGUAUGCAUAUAUAUACAUCUAGACAUUUUUAAUGAACUAAAAUUUCGAGACAAAUUGGGGCCAGUUGUUCAAAUGUUAAUUAGUUUAACCACUGGUUAAAAAUUUUAAAACCAAAGACUGAAUCAAUACAAAUAAUAAUUGAAAACACAAUGUUGAAACAUGUUUUAGAACAAUCAAAGAUAUCCGUACAUAAUCAAAUCUAGUUUAUUUGUAUUUGUACAAUAAUAAUUAAAAGGAAAAUAUUAGACUAACCCAGGGUUAAUUUAACUAUUCUUUUAACAACUGGCCCAGAUGUCUACAUCAUCUAGAUUAAUAUACAGGUAUUUAUUAAUAUUGGUUCUACCUUUUUUUCUUUCUUUUUUUAACUUUAUAAUUGAUUAAUAUAUAAUUGUUACAAAAAUAGCAAUGUCUAAAGAUAGCACAAAUAUGAAAAUAAAGAUUUUUUAUUUGUAUACCAAAUAAAUGAAUGUUAAGAUUUUAUUAAAAUGUAAUGUGGUUAAGAAAACAUGGCUGACAAAUGUGUGAUACCAACAAGAAAACUAAAUGCAGGCAGUGACAUGGUUUGUGUUGUAUGGACAGUGAAUUGCCAUGCACAAACUUCUCAACUUAAUUUAAAAUUAAAAAUAUAUCAGUUUUCUAGCACUUUUCAGCAUAUAUAUAUCAUUAAACAUUUUGUUGUCUUUUUUGCAAUAUUGUGAAUUAUAAAUUGCAAUUUUCUUUAAUUUAAUGGCAAUGAAAGUUCUGGGAUUGGCAUGUGGGGUUUUUUGUGGGGGGUUUUUAAUUUAAAGAAAAUAAUGCAUAAUUUUUCUAGUGAAAAGAAAAUUCAGAAUGCAUAGUGUAUUUUGCUAUUUUGCCAUUUAAAUAAAUUAAAAAUGCAUAUUAUUUUCUGGUAACUUGAUACAAACUAGAAUGUAUAACGUAACAUGCAACUGUGAGAAAAAUCUAAGUACAUAUUUUUAUUGCAAUUUUCUUCACUGCUGUUUUAUGAUUGGCUUCAGCCUUCUAUAGGUUGCCAGUAUUUGCAUGUUACUCCUGUUUGAGUGUGUUUUCACAGGUCUAGUCUCAGUAUGUUGACACCGUUUGUUUGAAAGGCUGUAUACACAGUCUCUGUCAGUACUUGUCUGUACAAAAUGCAAUAUUUAAUGAUGAAUGCAAAAACAUGUUUGUAUUUAAAGGAAAUAAAAAAACACAAAAAUA